AUGUUCCCUGACCGGGUCAGCCUGAGAGACAGCAGUGUGAAGUUGGACCUCUGCUCGAGGCUAUCUUUGGACCUUACUAUGGAGCUGUGGGUGCAGCUGAGGCAGGCUGGACUGGAGGGCCUUGGAUUGGGUCCACCCCCACAGGCCCUAAGGAUGCCCCCGCCGGAGGGGAACCCUGGCCAGACCCUUAUGUCCUCAGGGACAGAACUUGGGGGCACCAGGGAGAGGCUGCUGUGGAUCUGGGAGGAGUUGGGGAACCUGCGCAGAGUGGACGUCCAGCUGUUGGGACAGCUGUGUCACCUGGGACUGGAGAUGGGGGCCUUCCGGGAGGAGCUGGCCACCAUCCUGGAAGAGGAGGAGGAGGGCUGUGUUGGGGAAGAGGAUGGCGAGCCUCAGGGGAAGCAGGAGGAGGGGCAUCCAGAGGCCUCCUAUCCAGCCCUGAGCCUCCCUGACUUUGAGAUGACCAUCUGA